GAGCCGGGCGGUGGGAAUGGAGCGAGCAGAUUGAGGCCGCCACUGCAGCGCCGCCAGCAUGAACUUGGCCGAGAGCUGAAGCGGCGGGCGGCGGGCGGGCGCGGGGGCACCGGCCGCUAGCCAGGGGGUGAUCUUCAAUCCGCCUGGGCCAUUCAGCGGGCGCCUCGGGGUAGGCUGCCCGUGCCGGCGGCCGCCCGCCCCUCUGGCUCUGCCCUGGCUGCCACUGAAGCUCCGCAACACGGUGCCCCAGAGGGAGUCCAAAACUGGGCGGAGGCGGCUGCAUUCCGAGGAGGAAAGCCCUGUGUCUAGGUCGUUUGGGAAACGCCUUGGAGAGUCAAGAAUAAAAUUGCAGGUCAAACAAUGGAUGACUGGAAAAGUCGGCUUGUAAUCGAGAGCAUGCUUCCCCAUUUCAACAUGGUGGGAAAUCGUCAGGAGCCCAGAAAGCUCCAGGAAUCGGGAACCAGUAAAAGAAGACAGGAAGGAGACAACUUUCACUUUGCAGCAAUGGCUGAUGGUGGCUACCCUAAUAAAAUCAAGAGACCUUGCCUUGAAGAUGUCACUCUCUCUAUGGGCCCAGGUGCCCACCCUACUUCUCUUUCUACAGAGCUGCAAAUGCCCACAUUAACCAUGAACCCUAGCUCUGCAGAUCUUGGAGUGGCUGGCCAGUCAUUACUCCUUGAGAAUAAUCCUCUAGACAAUAAUACUGUGAAUAGUAGCGCUAUGGGCUCACCAUUUGGGGUGUCAUCAACUGCAGAAACAGGACUGAAAGGGCACGCUGGUUCUUACUAUGAGAAAAACAACAGUAUGCCAGCUGUAGACCAGGAGCUUCAAGAUCUGCUGGAAGAACUAACCAAAAUUCAGGAGCCUUCUUCAAAUGAUCUUGACCUUGAGAAGAUUCUGGGAAGCAAACCAGAAGAGCCUCUGGUUUUACAUCACCCACAGGCCCACUUUGGCCCCCCCACCAAGCUUCCAGUUCAAAUGCCACAUAUGGAGAGCCUUGGAUCCAGCAAGGAGUUUGCGUCUAGCUGCAGUCAAGUCACUGGCUCAUCACUACCAAUCUUGCCCUCAUCCACAGGGAUCAGCUAUUCCAUUCCUUCCACCAGUAAGCAGAUAGUCUCACCCAGUUCUUCAACGGCACAGGCUCAGGUAAAAAACCAGGUCCAGACCAUGCUCCCUGUCACUUUGCCUCCGUUAUCUGUGCCUCAGUGGCAUCAUGCCCACCAGCUGAAAGCUCUUGCAGCCAGCAAGCAGGGAUCUGCUACAAAACAUGGUUCCAACCGCAGCUGGUCCAGUCUGCCUCCUCCAGGUCUCUCCCCACCUUACCUCCCAGUGCCAUCACCUCAUCCACCACCACCACAGCCACCACCACCACCAUUCAGCCCACAGAACUUCACAGCAUCCUGCAUGUCGUCCAAUAGCUUGUCUGGCAGUUCUGUGCAAAGCUCGCCCAAUGCCUUACUCUCCAGCAUGGCCCCCAGCAGCAAUGCUGCCCUUGGGCCCACCUUGCCCUAUGCUCCAGUGAAGCACCCAGGUCUGCCACACAAUCAGCAGCCACAAUACAGCCCCCAGAGCUCCAUUCUUGCCAAUCUGGUGUCCUCUACUGUCAAAAGCCCUCAGGGACACCUAAUAUCUGCUCUGCCUACCAGCACCCCAGGGCCAUCCCCACCCUAUCGCCCGGAGAAUCUCUCCAGCCCCGGCUUGCCACAGCAGUCCUUCACUCCACAAUACUCUCUGAUCAGAAGCCUCACCCCCACCAGCAAUCUGCUAAGCCAGCAGCAGCAGCAGCAGCAGCAACAACAACAACAGCAGCAGCAGCAGCAGCAACAGCAGCAGCAGCAAGCAAACUCCAUCUUUAAGCCUAUGACCAGCAGCCAGCAACCCAAAACCUUGAGCAUGAUCAUGCAGCAGGGCCUGGCAAGUUCUAGUCCAGAAGCACCUGAGCCCUUUACCUUCAGCAACACCAAGCCCUUGUCGCAUUUUGUUUCUGAGCCAAGCUCACAGAAGAUGGCCUCCAUGCCUGCCCCUUCCAGGCAGCCAUCCCUGCUCCACUACCUGCCUCAGGCAACACCAGCACAUGCUCCUUCUGCCACUGCCUCCUCUACUGCCACUGCCACUUUGCAGCUCCAACAGCAGCAGCAGCAGCAGCAGCAGCAGCAGCAACAACAGCAGCAGCAGCCUGACCAGUCUUCAUUCCUCCUACAGCAGAUAAUGCAGCAACCCCAGCGCUUUCAGCGCAUGGUGGCUUCUGAUUCCAUGCCCACUUUGCCUGGACAGCAAGGGAAGCAGAGAUCAGGUCCUAUGGCAAUGACCCCUAAGCAGCGGAAUUCGUAUAUCGCCCAGCAGAUGACUCAAUUUCAAGCAGUACAAGAAAAAGUCAUCUCCAAGGGUAGCCAGACCAAGGCAAGACCCUCACCCAACCAGCAUAUGAUGCCACCCAAAACUGAGCUCCUUCAGAACAAUCUGAUCCCAAGAAUAUUAGCACCCACAAAUCACGUGGGUAUUUUCUCAUCAAGUCUGAAGAAGCAGCAAGUCAACACCCGCCUCCCAUUUUCCAUCUCCUCAGGCUUGGGUCAGGAUCCCCUGAAUAGCCUUGGCUCUGUCUGUCCCAAAGCCAGGGCCAUGCCCCCAGAAGUGCCCCUGCCCAAGCUCUGUUUCAACCCCCUGGGCAGUCAUCCCUUGAUCCCCCAUCAGCUCAGCCUCCCCCGUGUGCCAAUCAAGUCUCCAGUGUUCAGUAAUGCAGUCUGGAAAGUGGCAGCUGCGGCUGUAGCCAUUCCAGUUUCAAAGGGAUCAUCACCCCUGAGCCAAGUAGAUAGCAUGCUGCAGCAGUUUCAUAGCAACUCCAUCAUCUUUUCCAAGGCACCCAUAAGUAUACCCCCAACAGUCCUAGCAUUUCCAUGUCAGCAGGCUGUGGCUCAAGCCAAUCACAUGGCCCUAGGAGCCAUGCCUGGCCGGAAGGUGCGAGCUUCUCUGGCCAGCCCCAGAUUCAGCUUAUUGGGUAAUCAGAGCCUUGUGCAGAGCCCAGCACAGGGGCCAGUGCCUGUAGUAAGCAUCAAGUCCCUCCAGCAGAGCAUGGCCAGCUGCUCUCCCAUGAGUCCUAUUCAGGGACUGGAGCCACCAAGGUAUGCAGCUGCUAUUGUUGCCACUAGCCAGUCCCCAGGUACAUUGAUCAGAACUGGCACACUCCCUGAGCCACAGGACAAUGUCUUGCCUCAGGCCCAGUCCCCAACAGAUGGUCUGAUUUCACCAUCAUCUGCAGGCAGUGAGGUGGAUUUCAUGGAAGAGCUUUUGGAAGGCUCCAAUGUGGCCCCAGAUGAAGACUGGGUGUGCAACUUGAGGCUGAUAGAUGACAUUUUGGAACAGCAUGCUGCUACCCAAAAUGCUACAGCCCAGAAUGCUGACCAAGUCACCCAGGGUGCUGAGGAGCUAUAAAGCAAAGCAGGGUGCUCCAGAAAGACCCAUGUUCUCACUCAAAAGAGUGGCCUGAAUCUGCAGCCAACUUGAAACUGGCCCCAGACACCCACACUAGGCUCCUAGUUACAAUCUGAAUCCUGUCAUCCCUGCCCAUCCCUCUAUCUACCUGAUGAAUAAAAAGCUGGUGAUUUUUCAAGCUACUUGUAUAUAUUUGAAAAUUUUGUAAAUGGUUUUCCUAAUCAUAAAUGACAGAAGUAUUUAUACUUGGUUUUGUGGCUUUGUAAAUAAAGUGGCAGCUUUGGUUUCAAUAGAGUUGUGUUUGUUAUACAUUGUUCCAAAUAUGCAGACUGUGUUGUUCGCUCCAGUGAUACCUUGUUAAACCAGGUGGCUGAGUCACUGAGGUUGUCAUGCCACGAGAGAUGUGGAUGUGACCAAGGGGUGUUGUGCAAACUGACAAAUGCCAAAUAGAAAGCCACUUGGUCAUUAAUUUCCACUCCAUUACAAACUGUACUCCCCUGUGUGACUCUAUUUCUCACAAGCCUUUAAAUCUCAGCUAAUUCUUUCCUAAUGAGCAUUUACAGCAAAAGUCAUGGUAUGAUUACGUGUCCCACAGAGACACUCAUAGAAGGCCAAGAGCAUCCCUUUGGUUUGGUUAGGAGAGGUGCAGAGAUAGCCUUUGAGCUGAGCACUGUGUGAGCCUUCCCUUCCCUCUGUCACCUAUGGUGACCUGCAGAUGCAGAGAAAGCCCCAGCUUCAGACAGCUUUGGUGCACCAUCACAGUGUGAUGCUUUAAAGUCUGCUUUAAACCAUUUGACACUCAUUUUGAUGUAAAUCUCUGGGGUUUGGGGGGAAAGUCUGUAAACAUUAAUAGUUGAUUUGGGGUUUGUCUUUAAUAGUUUCUCUUUGCAGUUCUCGUCAUGUAUAUUUAAGCGUCUAUUAGAGAAAAUCCACAGCCACUGUCCCGUAAACUUUUCUCAGUGUCCAGAUUUUGUGUAAUCACAUUUUAAUUGCCACCUUGUAUUUUGAUUCUACAUUUGAAAUCUGGCAUCUAUUUUGGGCCAGUGCAGUUUUUUUUGUUGUUGUUGUUAUUGUUGUUGUUGUUGUUUUGGUUUUUCUCCCAUUGUUCUGUAAUAAACAGCCAGGAGAAAAGUG